UUACGACUGCCGUGGCUUGGUGAAAGCAGGCAAGGAUCAAUCGACAUUAAGGUGAGGCUUUCGGCUGGCCAAGGGGAUCGUCGGGAAGUGACAUGCAAUGAGAGUUGCCAAGAAAGUAAGAGUGUAUUGUGAAACUGGAGUUGACCGAUGAGAAUGUAUAAAUGCCUGCUUUGUCCUUCAAUUCCUUCUCUCAUCAUCAACAGCUUCAUUCACAACCUCAAUCACCACUUCACACUCUAAACCCGACAACACAAACAGAGCUUCUUCUCACACAAUCACUCAAAAUGUACACUUCAACCAUCGCUCUCGCUAUUGCUCCCCUUCUCUACCUCGCCCGCGCAGACGUCAGUCUCGACCGGGACGACAUCCCACGAGAAUGCGACACCAUCUGUGAUCCAAUUGUUCAGCUCACCAAGAAAUGCGACACUGACCUCCGUGGCGAUCGUGACCGCGAGGAAGAUCGUCUUGAGGCUCAGUGUGUCUGCACAAACGACUCUUUCAACGUUAGCCGUGUCGCUGCUCUCUGCGCCGGCUGCAUUCACCAGAAUGCUCAAAACAACCGGGAUGAUGACGACGACGACGACGACGAUAUCCGUGAUGACACUGAGGAAAUUGAUGAUAUCAUGUACACCUGUGGUUUCUCAUCUACCACCUAUGUCGCAUCCGCCGCCUCAGCUGCUGUCUCUGGCGUCUCAGUCGAUGCGACUCGACCUACAGAUGCGUCUCAGUUAACCACCACCAUUGUUGGCGGCACACGAACGCAGAACUCCAACGAGCCUUCUGCUACCGGUACCAGCGGUGGUAAUGGAGGUAGUGGAAGCAGCGACGACAACAACAACAAUGAUGCUUCUGCUACCAACGAUGCUUCUAACCCCGACGAGACCAACGCUGCUGCUGCCAUGGCACCUUACGGAGUCGUCGGCGCUGUUGUUGGCGCUGCUAUGCUCCUGGCUUAGAUGUGAUGGGACAUGGCCCUAUAAGAGGGCUACUGAAAUGAUGAAGGAUUGUCGCUUCUUAUGUGAUACGCCUUAUUUUUCUUGUUCAGAGGGAUACGCUUAAUGAGAUAUGUCGCUAUUUAUCAUAUGACACCGUCUACCGAUGUGAAUCUAUAUGCCAGAUAAAGGAAACUCACUCGGGACUCUUAUCUCACCUCAUCAGCGAACUGUAUCUCUCGUCUAAUUGGAGGUGUCUCAUCGCCAGCAUGGACUGGCAGCUCUGAGCGCAUUCUUUGAGCGCCUGUGAUGACAAUUGGACCAGUAGCCGGACGGGCAUCUUUCUUAUCUUGUCCGAAGAAAUACCUCCCGAUGAAGGGGAUAUUUCGUCGUCGUCCACCUGCUGGAGCAUCGCUCAGACUUUCGCUGACAACGCGACUCAAUGUCCUGGGUGCGUGGAAGCCCAAUUUUCCGACUGGGAUACUCAGGCCAUGAACGACCUAUAUUCUGUUAGCAUAAAUGAUAAUUGAUGGAUAAGCGGCCACCUACGAUACUACAAACUGCGAGGAACCACACAAUGAUGCGUGUCUGGUCUCCAAGAUUCUUGACAUCACUCCUCGGCUUACCAUUAUCACUAAGAUGCUCCUCAAUGAACUCCAG